AAGUUGUGGUUUUAGGCUAGUUCUCUUUAGAAAUUUUUUUUUAUUUUAAAAAUAUCCUUUUACAUAUGUAUUAUUUUCCUUAUCCUUUAAAUACCCUCUACUCACUCCCUCCAAUGACAAUCCAAUCUUACAAGAGUGAGACGACAAGCAAAAGAAGAAGAACCAAAAAAAAAAACAUAUUCUCUCCAAAAGAAAAUAUAGUAAAAAUGGAAGCUUCUGCACCAAAAAGAGGCUUAUACAUGGAAAUGGAACAGAACGCUCAAGUCGCAGCCAAAAGGCUUUGGAAGAUCGUCCGCAUCGUCUUCUGCGUUUUAAAAACCGGUACAGUCAAAAGCAAGCUCAUGCUUGACUUAAACCUAAUGCUUAAGAGAGGCAACAAAGCCAUCACUAGCCUCCGUCGCCGAUCUAGCUCCACCGGCGGUUCUGACGUCAACUCCUCCACACGGGUCCGUGACUACGACCCUUUAGCCUUUAUGUGCAAACGCAAACGCCGCGUCCACGGCGGUUAUGACAACGAAGACGCUGCGGUGGAGGCAGCGGUUAAGAAGGUUUUUGAGCUGUUGGGAGAUAAUGAUACGAAGACGGGAGCGGCGGCAGCGCUCAGAGAGUCACCGUUGAUGAUGUCUCCGGCGGUGAGACAGCUUAGGGUGACGGAUUCACCGUUCCCGUUGGAAGACGGUGGAGAUCACGAUCAUGUGGUGGAUAAAGCCGCGGAAGAGUUUAUAAAGAAGUUUUAUAUAAGAACCUUCAGCUGCAAAAGAAGAUGGCUAACACGUUAGAGUCGCCGUACCACGACGGAUGGGUUAGAUGAUCCGAGCCGAGCGUUUAGUGGCCAACGCAUUUUGUGCGGGUUAAAUUGCUAAAGAAAACAUAAGGCCACAUUUGAGAAUACUUGAAUACAUGUAUAAAUAUUGGGGUUGGGACGGUGUCGGUGAGUCGGUGAUUUACAAGUUUUUCUUAGAUAUAUUUUCAUUUGAAUGUUGAAUACUUGAAUACAUGUUGAUGAAACAUGGCUGCUAUAUGUACAUAUUUUCCUAUCUUAAUGAGAAGAAUCUAUAUAGGUGAAUUUGUUAAUA